AUGAAAGCAGAUUACCUUAUUUUCAUUAAAACUGGCGAUCGCAAAGGUGCUGGUACUGAUGCCAAUAUCUAUAUUGCACUCAUCGACAAGGAGGGAAAGAAGUCACGUAAAAUUUUCCUUGAUUGUAAAUGGCGAAAUGAUUUCGAACAAGGUCGGACCGAUAAAUUUCCUGUCUCCAAUGUGCCUGACUUAGGCGAAAUUGAAUUUAUUGAAUUAAGUCGUGAUACGAAAGGAUUUGGCGAUAGUUGGUUUUGUGACCGUGUUUGGAUCAUACCCAAUCAACCUGGUGUUGAGCCGACACCAAUCUAUUUCCCAGUCAAUCGUUGGGUAAAAGCAGAUGGACUUUUGAAAAUUCAAAAGUGGGACUGCUGCCUACCUCAGAAUGAUGUGGCAUCCGAGACCCGUAAACAAGAAAUAUUGGAAAAACGGAUGUAUUACACACUUGAUCAGAAAUCGCCUGGUAUCCCUGUACAGUGGGAUAUCGUUCGAACCAAAGGUAUACUCCUGAUUAAGAGUAAAAUGAGAAGGCUUACUAGCGACACAUGGUCGUCACUAAAAGAUCUUGGUAACAUCUAUAAGAAAGGAACCAGUCUUGAUAUUCCUAUGGGCAUGUACAGAUGGAAAGAAGAUAACUAUUUCGGUAAACAGCGCGUCCAAGGUGUUAAUCCAGUCUUAGUGAAGUUGUGUACUGAAAUUCCAUCAAAUUUUAAAGUGACCAACGAGAUGGUUAGCCCAUUCUUGGAAGGUUUCACCUUAGAUGAAGCUCUCGCCAAGAAAAAAUUGUUCAUUUGUGACUUGACAAUGCUAGAAGACGUACCACUCAUGGGUAUUCCAGUGGAGAAAGAGCUGGUAAAUCCUUACGCUCUUUUCUUCUUAAAUAAAGAAAAUGAUUUGUCGCCAAUCGCUAUCCAAUUAUUUGCGAAAACCACCGAAGACUGCCCCAAUCCUGUUUUUCUACCUAGUGAUCAUAAGUAUGUCUGGAUGUUGGCCAAAAUGUAUUACAACAACGCCGAUUCUCUAUUUCAUCAAGGCAGUACCCAUUUAGGCUUUACACACUUGAUUAUGGAAUCCGUUGCAGUUGCUGCUAAUCGUACACUAAGCAUGUCUCAUCCUCUAUACCGCCUGAUUGCACCUCAUUUCCUUUUCCUUAUUGCUAUCAAUAGUCGUGCACUCAAUAAAUUGGUAGCACCUGGUGGCUGGGUAGAUCAAGUUAUGACAGCCGGUGCGGGUGGAAUGCUGAGCAUUACCGCUAAACGAUUCCAAAGCUGGCGAUUAGAUCGUGAUGGCACUCUACCAGAAGAACUAAAAAUGCGUCAGGUUGAUGACCCUGAAGUAUUGCCAUAUUAUCCUUAUCGAGAUGACGCAUUGCCUAUCUGGUAUUGUAUCAAGAAUUACGUUACUAGAUUUGUCGAAGGCCACUAUGAGAAUGAAAAGGCCAUUGAAGAUGAUUGGGAACUACAGGAAUUUUCCAAAGCACUCGUAUCUCCUUAUCCUAAUGGUUGUAAUAUUAAAGGAAUUCCUGGUGACGGCAAAUUUCAAACAAGGCAACAAAUUAUCGAUACGUUUACAUCGUUCGUGUUUAUUAGCAGCGUCGGUCAUGCAGCAGCUAACUUUGCUCAAUAUGAUGAAUAUGCUUUCCCACCAAAUUAUCCAUCAUUUAUGAGAGGAAAAGCACCGCGAAAUAAGGAUCCCAUUACUGAAGCAGAUAUCAUCAAGCAUUUACCUCAUAAAGCGAUGACUUUAGACAUCAUGGUCGUCGGUAGAAUUCUUAGUGACCGUGGAACGAAUGCGUUAGGCGACUUUGAAAUCGAUUAUAUAUUUGAUCCAAUAGGAACUGCAGCAGUGAAACAAUUUCGUGAAGAACUGGAGAAAAUCUCAGAAGAGAAUACCAAAAGAAACGAAACUAGAAAUCCACCUUAUGCCUACUUGAAUCCGAUGCACAUCCCCAAUUCAAUUAGUAUAUAA